CCUACAUCAGAGCCAUGGCUCCAAAACCACAAAAGAGCCCCAAGAGCCAGAAAAAGGGCCAGCAUGUCAAAAAGAAGACCAAACAGUCAUUACCAGUUGCUGAAGAAGAGGAACCCAUGAACAUGGAGAGCAUGGGCCACCCAGAAAUUUAUCCAUUAGUAUUAACGACCAAGACCCAAGAAAUAUUCAGCUGUCGAGUAGAUGAAGAUUUCACAGAGGAGCAACCAUAUAAGCUCAUCAAAAAAGAAGAUAUCUUGGCGGACUUGCUGAACCGAGCCGCAGUAUCUGACUUCCACCCAGUCAAAAAAAUCGUCCGGGAAUACCCAGGGGAGGAGCUGCUGCUCGUUUAUGACAGAGACUUCAAAUACGGACUCAACUUUUACCUCAUCGGGACUGAGGAUGGCAAGGAGAACUUUUUAAAGCCCCCAGAAGUGCCAGAGGAGCAAGAAGAACCCAAGGAGCUUGCUCCAGAGGAUAUGUACGUCUACAAGCCACCCAUGUCCAAGCCCUGGGUGUCCUUGGGCAGUGAGAAAGAAAUUGAGGAAGAAUCUGUCAAGGAAUCGAAAAGGCGGGUGACAUACAUGAUCUCUAGAAAACGAAGUCAAUUUGGCGCACCUGUGGCUUUCAGAGACCAGAAUGCUUCCAGCGUAAAAGAUGUCUACAUUGAGUGUGCUUCCUACUCAGAUAAAAAUUACACACUCACACAAAUUGAGAAAGACAUUGGCUUGCAAGUCAUUCCUGAAGUCAAGGACACGGGCACUCAGACAAAAUGGACAUUUCCUAAAAAUGCUACUACACAGUAUUAUGCAAGAGAAUUUUCAGAAGAGGAAAAAGAAACCCUUGAACAAUCAAAGAGUUUGGUCGAUUUCCUCAACAAUGUGUCCACAAGUGUUGAAAUAGCCCUGCAGCAAAAUGAGAUCAUGAACACAUUCAUCGAUGACUGGAAGACCCUAGCAGAGGAAGAAAGCACCUUCGGGGACAAGUCUGACACCCACCUUAAAGAGUACCAGUCCUUUACAGACCUUCACAGCACCAUGGAGAAGAUGAUUACCUGUGUCUCGUGGCACCCAACCAUCUAUGGGCUCAUAGUCGUGUCGGUGGCUGUGCGCCUCUCCUACGAAGAGAGAGUUCAGUUUUCCGGGAAGUUACUGCUGCAACCAUCGUUGAUUCUUUUCUGGAGUUUCUCCGAUCCCAUACACCCUCAGUUGAUGCUGGAGAGCCCGGAUGACAUCUUCUGCUUUGAGUUCUGUCCAAGUGACCCCAAUAUCAUCGCUGGAGGCUGUAUAAAUGGACAGGUUGUCCUGUGGGAUAUCACCUCACAUGCGGACCGCAUAGAAAACAUUAAGGCGGGUAGCAGCAGAAGUAAAAAGGCCACUCUCAAGCCUAUGUUUCUCCUUGAACCAGACAGCAACAAGGAAGCAAUGUACAUCCGGCACUGUGCAGUGUCUUCAAUAGAAAAUGGACAUAGGAAAGUAAUCACAGACAUACACUGGCUGCCAGACUCAUUUGAGAUUAACAGAAUGGGCUCUGUCUUUGAAAAUCGGAAUGGGAUAAAUUGUCAGCUCGUCACAUGCUCUGCAGACUGCACAAUAUGUUUUUGGGACAUUCGACCUCAAAAACCUACAAGCUCAGCCGCAACUGCAACCACAACCACAACCACAACAACAACCACAAACAACUCCCAGCAACCAGCAGCAGAGAAGAAGAAAGAAGAAACCAUUGAAAUUCCCUUUGACGUGCCAUCAACUUUCUUACAUCUGGAUCUCUCCUGGAAACCCCUGUCUAGAAUAAAACUAUCUAAGGGAGAAACGAGCUUAGACCACUGUCCAACCAAGUUGAGCCUGAGUGAAGACCCCCUUCUUUGCAGAAUACAAGGUACUUCUUCUAUCCACGUUCUUCUGAAAGACAAGGUGUUGAACCAGGUCAAAGCGCUGAAGACAGCAGAAAUCAACCCCUACCACAAUCUGGAAGCUGGGAUAGUGAACAUUCUCAAGCCCAUAGAAGACUUCAACACCAAGUUCUUUGUGGGAACAGAGGAAGGUGAAGUGAUAUACACAGACUGGAAAAUGGAGAGAGACUCAGAAACCGGACGAUUCAUGGCCAAGAAACCUGUGAACCUCUACACUGUCCAUGACGGGGCUGUCCACACUAUCCAGAGGUCACCCUUCUACAAUGACAUCAUUCUCACUAUCGGGGGAUGGAAUGUGGCCAUCUGGAAGGAAGAAGUCAUGACUGGACCGCUGCUUCAGACAUGCUGCGCACCAAAAAGGUACACGGCAGGGCACUGGUCCCUGACAAGGCCCGGAGUAUUCUACAUCGGCCGAGAGGAUGGAUACGUCGACAUCUGGGACCUCCUGGAGAAAACUCAUGAACCAGCCCAGUCUCAGAACAUCUGCAUCACCAUGAUCACCUACAUCAAACCCUGGACCUUCUCCUCUAAGCAGCAGUUCAUAGCCAUAGCUGAUUACUACGGAACACUGCAUAUCUUGGAAAUCCCUUGGACAUUAAGCCACCCUUCCUUUAACGAGGUAUCGAGUGUGAACUACUACUUUGAAAGAGAAGUCAGGCAUCUGGAAUAUGUCCAGCAGCGCAAGAUUGUCCGUGACCAAGAAAAGAGAGAAAUAGCCCUGGAAAUGGCAAAGAAGAAAACUAGAGUCUAUAAUAAGACAAAAGAGCAGAUGGAGGCUGAAAUGAAGUUGGAAUAUGACAGCUACUUGGAGCUCGAGAAAGCCGUCCUCUUCAAUCUCGGCAUAGUCAAGGUCUCGGAUAAGGUGUCAUACUUGGAUAUGAUAUAGCAAAGAUUCUGGAAGAUGGUUCCUGGAGUGACUCUCUUGAUCUCCCCUCUUUUUUAUCAAUUGUGUUUUAUCCAAGGUUUUAUAUAUAUAUAUA